CAGAAACAGGUUCAAAAAAGAAAAAGCAAAAGGUUGCAUUGUGCGCAAGCAAAAGACUGAGAAGUGAGAAGGAAAGAAAAGAAAAGUCGAAGAAGAAAAUCAAACUGAGAAAGAAAGAGGGAAGAAUCCAUGGACGUGAUAAAGACGCAGCAGAUAUCGUCUCGGGCGAUAGAGAAGGUUAUAGUGCACCCACUGGUGCUGCUGAGCAUCGUCGACAACUACAACAGAGUCGCCAAAGACACUCGCAAACGCGUCGUCGGCGUUCUUCUCGGCUCCACCCUCAAGGGCACCGUCGAUGUCACCAACAGCUAUGCCGUGCCCUUUGAAGAAGAUGACAAGGAUCCUAGCAUCUGGUUCCUUGACCAUAAUUAUCAUGAAUCAAUGUUUUCUAUGUUUAAGAGAAUAAACGCAAAGGAACAUGUCGUGGGCUGGUAUAGCACUGGUCCUAAACUGCGUGAAAAUGACCUCGACAUUCAUGGACUAUUUAAUGACUAUGUUCCCAAUCCUGUUUUGGUUAUAAUUGAUGUGGAACCUAAGGAGCUUGGAAUUCCAACAAAAGCUUACUAUGCAGUUGAAGAGGUUAAAGAGAAUGCCACUCAGAAAAGCCAAAAGGUCUUUGUUCAUGUACCAUCUGAGAUUGCUGCUCAUGAAGUUGAGGAGAUAGGAGUAGAACACUUGCUUAGAGAUGUGAAGGAUACAACAAUUAGCACCCUCGCAACAGAGGUGAGUGGAAAACUCACAGCCUUGAAGGGUCUGGAUGCAAGACUUAAAGAGAUAAGGAGUUACCUUGACCUUGUCAUUGAUGGAAAGCUUCCAUUGAACCAUGAGAUCCUAUACCAUUUGCAGGAUGUGUUCAACCUGCUACCAAAUCUUAAUGUCUCCGAUCUGAUCAAGGCUUUUGCAGUGAAAACCAAUGAUAUGAUGCUGGUAAUUUACCUCUCAUCCCUCAUCAGAAGUGUAAUUGCACUCCACAACUUGAUAAAUAACAAGAUGCUCAACAAAGAACAUGAGAGGACAGAAGACUCCAAAUCAGUACCAGUACCAAGUGCAGCUGCAUGUUAGUGUACGAGGGAUUGUGAUUGGAACUAUAGAGGCUGAUAUUAAUUGAUGAUUUAUUACAUGGCAACUGAGAUUAUUACAUCAUUACCUCCAUUGAUCUUCUUGCGCAUUUCUACUGGGAUUAGUGAAAUACUUGUAAUAUGGAAAAAUGAUCUUAUACUUCUCUUGAGCUUCAUUUAUGUUUCUAUUUUUUUAAUCCCCCUCUUCCUUUGGUACCCUGCUCAGUUCUGGUUUGGGAGCUAUGUUAACAUUUGAAGUACUCAAAAACCAUUAACAAACUAUCAGGAUAUUAGAAAUGCACUAUCCACAUGGUAACGAAUUCAUGUAGUGCUGCCGGUUGAAAUUAUGAUUUAUGAAUACACCAUACAAUCCGGGUCACUGUUUCCUUA